UCCCUCCCUCGCUCUCUGCCCGCCUCCCUCCGUGACCCCAUCCCUCCACGUCUGUCCUCCUCCCCCCCCACCCGUCACUGGGCCGACUGGGCGGCCGCUCCGGGCUUCUCAGUGUGGGCUCUGUGGGGGGGGAGGUCGGGAGCUAGGGGAACCCCAAGCCGCCGCCGCAGCCCGAGCUAGCUCCGGUUAAAGGCUGCUGCCGCCGCUAGCCGUCUCCUCCCCGCCCCGCCCCCAAACCGGGAGCGGCGAGGCGAGGGCGGGCGGCCCACCCGCGUGUGGCUGGACGCGAAGGCGACUGGUCCGCAGCCUCAACCUCCGGCGCCAUUUUGUAGCAGCGAGACCCGCAAAUAAAGGGGAGAGCCAGUCUCUGCGGCGGGAGAAGGAGGAGGAGCCGUCGCUGGGGCCGAGGGCACCCAGGAGGCUUGGGGGUGGUGGGGUCGCCCGAGCCUGGCCGCCCGCCGCUCCGUCCGUCUGCCCGUACGCGAGGAGUCGGCUACGGGAUCGGUCUAUGUGACAAGCCGGCGGCGGCAGCGGCGGCCUCGGCGUGGAGAGAAAACAAAAUGACGAACGAAGAACCUCUCCCCAAAAAGGUUCGACUAAGUGAAACAGACUUCAAAGUUAUGGCAAGAGAUGAAUUAAUCCUAAGGUGGAAGCAGUAUGAAGCAUAUGUACAAGCUUUGGAGGGCAAGUACACAGACUUAAACUCUAAUGAUGUAACUGGCUUGAGAGAAUCUGAAGAAAAGCUAAAGCAGCAACAACAAGAGUCUGCAAGAAGAGAAAAUAUUCUUGUGAUGAGACUGGCAACCAAGGAACAAGAAAUGCAAGAGUGUACUACUCAAAUCCAGUACCUCAAACAAGUUCAGCAGCCUAGUGUUGCCCAACUGAGAUCAACGAUGGUAGACCCAGCAAUCAACUUGUUUUUCCUAAAAAUGAAAGGUGAACUGGAACAGACUAAAGACAAACUGGAACAAGCCCAAAAUGAACUGAGUGCCUGGAAAUUUACGCCUGAUAGCCAAACAGGCAAAAAGUUAAUGGCGAAGUGUCGAAUGCUUAUUCAGGAGAAUCAAGAACUUGGAAGGCAACUGUCCCAGGGACGUAUUGCACAACUUGAAGCAGAAUUGGCUUUACAGAAGAAAUAUAGUGAAGAACUUAAGAGCAGUCAGGAUGAACUCAAUGACUUCAUUAUUCAGCUUGACGAAGAGGUAGAGGGUAUGCAGAGUACCAUUCUAGUUCUUCAGCAGCAACUGAAGGAGACUCGUCAGCAGUUGGCUCAGUACCAGCAGCAGUCCCAGGCCUCAGGCCCAGGUACCAGCAGGACUCCAUCUUCUGAGCCUUUAGACCAGGGAGAUGUCAUGGGGAAAGACUGCAGCCGUCUGGCUAAUGGACCAAGUAACGGCAGCUCCUCCCAUCAGAGGACGUCUGGGUCUGGAUUUUUUAGGGAGGGUAAUACAACAGAAGAUGACUUUCCUACAUCUCCAGGGAAUGGUAAUAAGGUCUCCAACAACUCUGAAGAGAGAACUGGCAGAGGAGGUAGUAGUUACAUAAACCAACUCAGUACGGGGUAUGAAAGUGUAGACUCUCCCACGGGCAGUGAAAACUCUCUCACACACCACUCAAAUGACACAGACUCCAAUCAUGAUCCUCAAGAGGAGAAAGCAGUGACUGGGAAAGGUAACCGAACUGUGGGUUCCCGUCAUGUUCAGAAUGGUUUGGACUCAAGUGUAAAUGUACAGGGCUCAGUUUUGUAAUAUUUUUCCAGCAACAUUUUUAUACAGUGUCAUUUAAUUUGGGAGAGGAUACUGUCCAGAAACAAUUUUAAUUAGUGCAUCCUUUUUGUCACAAUUUGCCUUUUUGUGCAGUGUGGGGUUUUUUUUUUGUUUGUUUUUUUUUUUUUUCCUUGCUUCAAUACCUCUGCCAUUUUGGAAAUUGUAACAGUUAAUUACGUUGAACGUUGCUAAAAGGACGUUUGUGUAGGCUCAAGUUAUUUUUAUAUGAGUUAAUGUGAAGUUGAAAACGGAAAUAAUUUCCACAAAGUAUAACACAAUGAUGUCUGUACAAAUCCAUGUAUAUCUAGAACCCGUGCUGUGUAAGGGCAUUCUUACUCAUACUGUUCUUAUCCUUAUGCAACAUUCAGACUUGUCAUAGUAGUUGUGGGUUUAUGACUGCCAAGUUUGCCCAGUACAGUAGUUUUAUCACUAAAAGUUGGACUGUUGAUGGAGUCCCGUAGUAGUUUCAGUGUUAAUUACAAUUUUUUCCACCAUACAUCUGUGCAUUUUCUCUUUAGGUGACUGAAUGUUUAAGAAAUUUGUGUGCAUAGUUACUCAGUUUUUAUGAACUGUUGUAUCCUGUUAAUGCAGAUUGCUCUGUGACUCCACUAUAUCUUACCUGUACUGACCAAACCUAAAUAAAGAUUUUUAAUAAUGUAAC